GGGAGAACGCGCUUGACCACGUGACAGAGCGGGUGAAGUAGAGGAGGUCCGUGCCGCGCGGGGUUGUGGGAGCAGUUUGAUGACGUAGGCGGUGGAAGUACGGGGAAAAAUAAGGCGAGUCUGGUCUGGAUGAUAUCUUUUUCCAGGGGUGUCUGGCUUCGGUGUGGAGUAACGAGUAACAGAAGCCAGGCUUAGAGAGAAGGCCUGCCCUCACAGGAUGGGGGCUGUGGUGUCGCGGUGGAGGGCAAAGCCGACCACUGUAGAGGUCUUGGAGGGUCUUGAUAAGGAUAUCCAAGCCCUUGAGGAAUACAGAGAGAAGAACCAGAAGCAGCUGAAGUUAUGGGUGUACAGGCUGCUGUUGUACUCGGCCCUGCUGUACUUGAUAGCCUGCACAGUCGUCUACGUGUGGUAUAUCCCAGAGCGGAUGAUAGGAAAACUAAUAGUGGCGUCACCGUUCUUGGUAUUUCCUCUGCUAGUUUGGCUGCUGAGGAGACUGCUGAUUGUUUUGUACAACCGACGGACCGAGAGAAACAAUGAAAAGUUAGAAGAGCUGAAAGCAGAGAAAAAGAAAAUACUGGAGCAGGUAAUGGAAACCGAAACCUACAAAAAUGCCAAGCUGAUUCUGGAACGGUUUGACCCUGACUCUAAGAAAAAGCUUGAGAUUGAGUCUCAACCCAUUGGCCCGCCUCCGACUCCAAGACAAGGCCAAGAGCUGCGCCAGCGGCUUGUGACCCCUCGUCCCGCUGGGCGUCCUCCGCCCGUUCCCGGCCCCUCGGCCCCGCCCACUCCGCUGUCUGCCCCGGGAGGACCACCUGAAAAAGGACUGUCUGCGUCGACCCCACAGGGUCUGGUCCGGAGGCCUGGAACCCCGGCUGGCACACCCGGCCCAGUCAUGGGUGAGUCACGGGGAAGGGCGGGUGAUGGUGGCUGUUUGAUGGACAGAACGGACGGGCCCGGCCAGGCUCGUAAAAUCAGAGGAAUGCACCCUCCGGGUCCUCCGCUGGCCAGACCCAUCCUCCCCAGAGAGCGAGGUGCCAUGGACAGGGUCAUUGAGUACCUAGUGGGUGAUGGACCUCAGAACAGAUUUGCUCUGAUAUGCCAGCAGUGUUCGUCUCAUAACGGCAUGGCUUUAAAGGAAGAGUUUGAAUAUAUUGCAUUCAGAUGUGCCUACUGUUAUUUCCUGAACCCGGCCCGGAAGACACGUCCCCAGGCCCCGCGUCUCCCAGAAUUCGCUGCAGAAACCAAGAUGAGCCAAGACCUCCCUGCUGUUGCCAUGGAGACAGACCUGUCUAGCUCUCCACCUGCCCCAGAGGAUAAAGCAGCCGGUCCAGGGCGUGUGGAAGCAGAACCUGGAGAGCAGCGAGCAGAAGAGAGCCUCUUAGAGGAGAAGGCGGGAGAUCCAGAUCCCCUCUCCAGCAUCCCGGACAAAUCAGACGGAGAGCAUGAAGUGUCUGCCAUGGAAGUGGAGUAGAGUGAGAGAGAGAACAUGCGCCAAUAUAAACCUGUCUGUCUCUGUGUGUGUGUGUGUGUGUGUGUGUGUGUGUGUGUGUGUGUGUGUUUUGACUUUCUUAUUCUUUACCUUACGUAUGUUACUUUUUAAUUUCUACACGUUACUGCAGUGUUAUUUCAUAGAUUAGUAAAUCCAAGCCAAGUAGGAAUUAAUAGUUUAGUGGUCAAAGGCAUUUUUGUGAGGGUUUUUUUUUAUUAUUAUUAUUGUUGUUGUUGUUGUUGUUGUUAUUAUUAUUUGCCUUUAGUUAAAUCGCAAGUUUAGUUUAAUAGUCAGGCAAUAUAGUGUCUUUGUUUACAAUCGAAGCUGUAUGUAAAAGCUAAAGCUUAACUUCUCCUAUUCUCUUAGUUGACAAGAAAAGCGGCUAUUUACACGCGUUUCAUUUCAUUCUCCACGUAAGCACUGUUUUGUGACUGAAUGUAUUUAAUAUUCUUAUUUACAAUAUGUAAUAAUGCAAAAAUGUCCUGUUCAAAAGUAUAUUUAUACUAUUUAUAGUUAUGAAUGUCCUCUCAGUGCCUGUUUUUGAAGUGUAACGUACAUUGGGUGCGAUCGGUCCCAUGUUUACAUGUCUGUUCAGGUAUCGUCAUAGGAAUGUCUGGCUAUUUAUUACGGCAUAGAAACAGCCCUUCAGUGUUCUCAGCCUUAUGUGCCUUCAUGUUCCACCUGCUUCCAGUGUGAAGAAAAGCAGAUGAGUUAUCUAAUAGCAUAAUGUGCAGAAAUACAGUGCUGUUUUUAUUUUGUCUACAAGGUUUAAUAUGAGAAAUAAAGUUUUUAAAACCGA